AUGCCCUUCGACCUCUCCAAGGCCAGCCGCGAAGCCUCCGUCGGCUCGGCGUCGCGGCCGCUCGACCUCUCCGACUGCGACCAGCCGCUUGACCUCAGGGUGGACUUCAAGAAGCGGCGGACGGUCGCGGACGAGAACAUGAACCUCGUCCUGAGCCCCGGCCGCUCCUCGCCCCCGGACGCCGGCCUGGAGCUCCUUCGCGGCCCUCCUCUUCCUUCGUCCUCGUCCUCCGUCAGGCCGGAAUCCCCUGCGCCCCUCGAGAGGUCUCCAGGGCGCCUCCCCGAGUGCCCGAGCCUCACGUACCCCGUCCACGCCUCCCUGGCAGCCGAGACUCCUUUGGCCCUCCUGUACCCGCGCCCUCUCCCCCCCUCCUCGCUGCUGUACUCCAGGAUAGGGAAGGAGAUGUCGUACCCGUCGCUCGUGCCCCGCCCCGCGCAGUACCCCCUGCACCCCCUGCCGACCCGCCCCUUCCCGUACCCGCUCGUCAGGGGUUUCCCUUCGCUGCCCGCGCCCCCUCGCCCUCCCCCGCUCUUCGAGGCGUUUCGGGAGCGCCGCACCUCGGGGGGCGCGGCCCCGGGCAUGGCGGCGACGGGGCCGCACAAGCCGCGCGAGCGCUACGCGUGCAAGUUCUGCGGCAAGGUGUUCCCGCGCUCGGCCAACCUGACGCGGCACCUGCGCACGCACACGGGCGAGCAGCCGUACAAGUGCAAGUUCUGCGAGCGCUCGUUCAGCAUCUCGUCCAACCUGCAGCGCCACGUCCGCAACAUCCACAACAAGGAGAAGCCGUACAAGUGCCGCCUCUGCGACCGCGCCUUCGGCCAGCAGACCAACCUGGACCGCCACUUCAAGAAGCACCAGAGCGACGGCCCGACCAUCCUCGACGGCGCCGUCCACCGCCACCACCGCCGCCUCCUGCUGCCGCGCCCGCCGCCCGACCUCUGGGGCCCCGGGGUACCUCCGGCCGCCGCCCCCCACCCUCACCCUCCUCCCCCGCCCCUGACGCCCUUGAGACUCCCCAUGAGCUCUUCCUCGCCGCACCUCGACCUGUCCUCCGUCCUCCCCGCCCUCACCUACACCAGGCCCUCCCCGCCGCCCUCACAGACCUCGUUACUCACGCCCUCGUCCCUACCCCAGACCUUCUCGCUCGCGCCCUCGCCGCCCGCCUCGCCGCCGCGGGACGAAGACGAGGAGGAGGAGGACAUCGACGUGGAGAACGAGGACGAGACCGAGGAGGAGCUGGAGGUGGGGGAGGAGGACCUGGCGGAGGGCAAGGCCGGGCAGAGGGCGGGCGAGGGCGAGCCGGAGACGGGCGAGCAUGAGCUAGACGUCGAGGAGGAGGGGCAAGAAGGAGGCGACGAGGACUCCGAGGCCGGAGAGGAGGACCACCGAGUGUCGUUCGAGGUGACCAUCACGCCCGCGCAGCCGCUGGAGGGCGAGAGGUCGUCGCCGUCGGCCAGCGGAGAAAAAAUGGUGCAGGUGUGA